GACUGCAUGCAUGUUUCAUAUAAAGGAGAUCUAUAGCUAGCUAGCAACUAACAUAAUAAUACUCAGUUAAGUCUAAAUAAUAAAAGCAUGAUGACUCUGUACAAGCCAAGUGCAAUAGAUCUACUAGAUCUAGUCAUAUUAUUUUCAAUAAUCAAUGUAGAGGUGUACUCAUCAUCAGUGUCUCUGACUGUUGUUAGUGUUGAAGGAGGAGUGAGUCUGGUUGGUGAACACUGUCCUGGAACUGUCAGACUGUUUUGUGAGGGAGUGGACCUUACACUGCUAGAGUGGAGGUUCUACCAUGAUGACAACGAGUAUAAGCUCAAACACUUUGAUACUGAUAGUGUUAAUGAUACAACAAAAGUUUUUAAUGACUCAACAUUGGUCUCUGCAUCAGUUGAACUUGUUCAGUUGUCCCAGGACAGAAUUUCGAGAACCUUUGCAAAUUUCUCAUCAAUUCUUUCUUUAAACAUUCAAAUACCCAUUGGGAUACACAAUGUUUUCAGGAUCAGAUGUGGUGAUGCACUAAACUUCAAUGAUACCUUAGUGAACAUCUCAAUAGUAGAAGAGACACUACCCAAUGUCUAUAAUUUCAGUGUUAGCGUCAAUACCUCUAUCUCUACUAUAGACAUACUGACGGUCACUUGGAAUCAAUACGCUAAAUGUUCACAAUACCAAGAGGAGAUCCUUUACAACGUUUCGAUUGUCUUCGAUAAUACAAAUGACAACAAAAGUGUGAGCAGUAGUGUAUGUACACCAACUUGCUCUGUCCCCUUUGAAGUAUUGGUGACUGGAAAUGACAGGAUCUAUGAUGCCACCCUUCAAGCUAGAAACAGCAUAGGGACUAGUAAUAUCACUACAUACAGCGGCAUCAUACCAGCUGGUGCUGUUGUGUGUGAUACACCUUCUACUUUUAUCAACGGGAACCUUAGAAUUUUAUUCAAUGAGUUUGGUCAAAAAUUUACUGAGGGGUCAGAAAUUGUGCUCCAGUGUGACGAUGGUCUACUUCCCAGUCACCCAAGAACAGUAACUUGUGUUAAAGUUUCAGGAAGAGGAGAGUGGGUGCCAAAUCCUGCUGACCUACUUUGUGAAGAAGGGAAAUGCAGUGCUCUUCCAAAAAGACUAACCAGCAGCUUGUUACUCAAAUAUUCCAACACGAGCACUGGUGAAAAUUUAACUAUCACAUUUUGGUGUGAAGAAGGAUACGAGCUCAUUGGACCAAAUUUCAUUGCCUGUAAUACUAGUACGUACCAGUGGAGUUCAGACCUUGAAGACCUAAAUUGUUUAGGAGAAGCAAAUUCAAGAGUAUUGAUACAAUCGAUACUCGGUGCUGUGGGGGGAAUCGCUGUUGCGAUCAUAGUGGUCAUUCUUUUGAUCGUACUGCUUAAAAUGUACUCUAAACAUUUCAAAACAAAAAAGAAGAGAACAAAGCCACAGCCUUCAGAUGAACCGGAAGUCGAUGAAAACCCAUAUGACAAUCAUUCUGUGAGCUACGCUAUGGUGGAUAUUGAAGCUUCCAAAAGUAGAGCAGUGUUGGUGCCAAAGGAAAGAGAAGCUGACAAGUUGUUAAAUUUGGAUCAGAUUUUGUUACAACUGAAGACAGUACAAAUAAAAUGGAAAAAAAUUGGGUUUGCCCUCUCCAUUCCGGCAACUCACAUUGAACAAGUGGAAGAACACUAUAAAGACAAUUCAAGUGCUGGAUUGAAAGAAAUGAUUGACUUUUGGAUGCAGAACUGCAGUGGACGACCAACAUGGAUGGCGCUAGCAAAUGCUUUGAAAUUAGUGGGUGAAGAAGAACUAGCCAAACAGUUCCUCGAGGUCUAUGAAACAGGUAAACUUCCAGUCGUCAAUGAGCCAACUUUUGAUCAACUGAGACACUUCCCACAAAUUCCUGUAAAUUCCACCACUGCCACGACUGAAUCAGAAUAUGAUAGAAUUUUUAUCCCUCGAUCACAGACACAAGGUCCAGUUUACUCUGAAGUUAGUACACUUCCCAGUCAGUCAACUGGAUACUUGCUUGACCCCAAGAUAGUGGACUAUACAACAGUAGACUUUGAAGCCACUAAGUCAAGAGCAAGAGCCAUGCCUAAACCAAAGCCAGUUCAGAAAAAUGUCGCAAAGGGCAUUGAAGCUGACAAGUUAGUCGAUAUUGAUCGAGUCUUGGUACAGUUGAAGUCAGUUCAAGGCAAAUGGAGAGAGAUUGGAAAGGCUCUAAAUGUGCCGGAGACUCACAUUGAGCAAGUGGAGCCUUAUUGUGCUGGCAAUGACGUUCAGGGAAUCACUGAAGUGAUUGACUUUUGGAUGAGGAAUUGUGGUGGAAAGCCAACAUGGAGGGAGCUAGCCAAUGCCUUAAAGAGUGUGGGACAAGAACAGCUUGCUAACUUGCUUAUGGAAGUCUAUGAAACAGGUUGUCUUCCAGUUGAGCUUAAUUUUGAUGACAUACCAGACUGUAUGUACAAGCAUGAGGCUUCUGUUCCCCCACCUAUUCCAACCAGAUCAGUUUGCUCCAAACCAGCAGAAGUUAACUGCAGUUAUCCAGAUCAAUUGGCUGGUCUCCCACUUGAAUGUGAAAAUGCUCCACCGCUGCUCCCUCCUAAAGCUAAAAAGAGAGAAUGCCUUUAACUAUAGUGUUAGCGAGAAAAACAUACUCAGACAACUGAAAGUGCUUUGACUUCGAAUUCCAAGAAUUUAGUGUUUGUCAGACAUAAUGUUUAUAAUUUACUAUUCAAAUAUACUUUCCCAACAACCUGUUUAUAGUGCGCAAUCACAUACACCAUUCUGAUUACCCAAACUCAUU